CUUUUGAAUGCAGUCAGCACCAUUUCUGAGAGAGACAAACACAGAGAAGGAAAGGCGAAAUUAACGUCGCCAAAAUAUUCCCGGCAGCUUAUCGGCUGCGGGAGCAUCAAAGGGAUGUCGGCCGUACGAUGGCUUGAAUGGAUGUAUUGCACAUCAGGAUGACGACGGGGCUAUUGGGUGGCAAUACAGCUCUCGUAUGAAGAGGAAUGUCCUGGGAUUCACCGUGGUUGGGCAACCGUGGUAGGACCUCACGUAGCCCGGUGUGGGACCGAGUCACACGUGCGAACGAGAUUCCGGUGGAGACUGUUGCCCAGUGAAACAGGCACUGCGACUUACGGCAAACUGUAACUUCUUCAUAUCAGGUACGAGGUUAAGAUUAAGACAGUACAGACUUCUUUCAUUGAAAGAUUUUUGCGAAUUUCACUUUCACUGUUGCUUCACGAUGGUAGGCGUGGCUACUAGAAGCCCGGGAAUGCACGGAUACGACAACAGAUGUCGAUUAGAUACAAUGUCGGCCACGUGAGUGAAUGUGCAGCAUAAAAGACGAUUGUACAAAAAAGAAGGUUUUUCUUAUUUGUGCUUUGAAUUCCUACAGACCGACUGGUUUCCCUAUGUGGAAGGUGUCCUCAGGUGAGGCAACAGUCUCGCAUUCAUACCUGCAGAAACGGCAACAGCCAUUGGUCGGCAUCUCUGUCACGUGACUGAGAUUCUUGGCGGUAGCGCAAAAUUGAGGAUCAAAAUGGCGCUUAGGUGAUAGUCGGACAGAUGAAUGUCGUGCUCAAGAACGGUUUCUGGGGAUAUACGCGUCAGGAUUCACACAGAAAAUGCAGGAUAAGACAGCUCCAGGCUCCCAGCUGAGACUCGAAUGGGUUUACGGGUAUCGGGGCCAUCAGUGCCGAAAUAACCUGUACUAUACUGCGACCAAAGAGGUCGUGUAUUUCGUAGCUGGGGUGGGCGUCGUCUUCAACACACGGGAACAUUCGCAGAGAUUCUUCCUCGGACACAGCGACGAUAUUAUAAGUCUUGCCCUUCAUCCAGAAAAAGUACUGGUUGCAACAGGCCAGGUGGGGAAGGAUCCCUACAUCUGUGUGUGGGACACCUACAGCACUCAGACCAUCUCCAUCCUAAAAGAUGGGCACACCCAUGGUGUGGCAGCUCUGGCCUUCGAUAAGGAAGGCAAUAGGCUGGCAUCAGUUGGGCUGGAUGGAGCCAACACGAUAAAUGUGUGGGACUGGAAGAAGGGCAAGAUCAUCUCUACAACUAAGGGGCACACUGAUCGGAUCUUCGAUAUCCAGUGGGACCCUUACAACAAGAACCGCCUGGUCAGCUGUGGCGUCAAGCACAUCAAGUUCUGGACACUGUGUGGAAAUGCCCUGACUGCCAAAAAGGGCAUUUUUGGGAAAGUUGGGGAGAUUCAGACCAUCCUGUGCCUUGCCUUUGCCCCGGAUGAGGUUACCUUCACAGGGGUGCUCAAUGGGGAUGUCUACAUGUGGAAAGGCAACAAUCUCACCAGGGUCAUACAGAAUGCUCACAAUUCCUCCUGGAAGAAACCUGGCUCUCUGGCCGACCUAUUUCAGGAACUGGGGGUUGCUGGAAUCUUCACCCUGUAUGCAUGUGAUGAGGGCUAUGCAUCAGGAUCCAGAGAUGGCUGUAUCAAGCUGUGGGAUACAGACUUCAAAACCAUUGCCAAGAUUGACUUGACAGAAUCAGAGCAUGGGUACAAAGCCACUCCUGCACCCACCAUAAGUUGGCUGCAAAAACCCCUUCCACCCUCUGCUGAGUCUAAGCCUCCGUACAAAGGAAUGUCCAUCCGAGCGGUGUGCUGGGGUGGGGACAGGAUACUGGCUGGCACACAGGACAGUGAGAUCUACGAGAUUGCUCUAAGGGAAAGAGACAAGCCCAAACUGCUCAUGCAGGGGCAUGCUGAGGGGGAGCUAUGGGGCCUUGGUAUUCAUCCAAAGCAGCCCCUCUUUGUAACAGGGAGUGAUGACCACAGUGUCAGGUUAUGGAGCAUGUCUGAAAACACACUGCUGGCACGGUGCAACAUGGACCAGGCCGUGAGAUCCCUUGCUUUCAGUGCAGAUGGCGGCCAUCUUGCUGUUGGCAUGAAAGAUGGAGGCUUUACUGUCCUAAAAACUAGGGAUUUCUCCGAAGUCAUUCAUGUGAAGGAGAGAAAAGAGGCUGUGCAUGAGAUACGGUACUCUCCAGACGGAAACUACCUUGCUGUUGGGUCCAACGACAACUUUGUUGACAUCUAUGCAGUGGGGCAACACUACAAGAAGGUUGGCCAGUGUGGGAAGUCCUCCAGUUUCAUCACGCACAUGGACUGGUCAGAAGAUAGCAAGUACCUGCAGACAAAUGAUGGGGCUGGAGAGAGGCUGUUCUACAGAAUGCCAGCUGGAAAGCAAGUGACCAACUCAGAAGAAAUCAGGAACAUCCACUGGGCUUCCUGGACAUGUGUUAUUGGUCCAGAAGUAAACGGCAUCUGGCCCAAAUACUCAGACGUCAAUGACAUCAAUGCCACAGAUGCCAGCUUUGGGCAUGAGGUAGUUGUCACUGGGGACGACUUUGGCUUGGUGAAGAUGAUGAGAUUUCCCUGCCUUAAGAAAGGUGCCAAGUUCAGGAAGUACACUGGUCACUCUGCCCAUGUGACAAAUGUACGUUUCUCCCACGACAACUCGCGAGUGGUGACAGUGGGGGGAGGGGACCACUCCAUCUUCCAGUGGAGGUUCAUCCCAGAGGGAAUGGAAGGAGACAUAGGUGCCAACUCAGGCUAUGCAGAUUCCAACAGCGAGGAGAGUGACUCGGAUCUGUCGGAUGUAGAUGAGCUGGACACAGACAUUGAGCAGGAGAACCAGAUCAGCUAUGAUCGGGCUGUCUACAAGGAGGACCUCCCCCAGCUGAAGAAAAAUAUCAAGAGAGACAAGACAGGACAGAAGAGGAACAAGGCUCCAGAAGAAGGCAUCAAGUUACAGUUUGUUCAUGGGUACCGUGGUUACGACUGCCGAAACAACCUGUUCUACACACAGACCGGGGAGGUGGUGUACCAUGUGGCUGCUGUAGGGAUUGUGUACAACAGGGAUAACCACUCACAGAAGUUCUACCUGGAACAUACAGAUGACAUACUGUGUCUCUGCAUACAUCCCCUGAAGGACUUUGUCGCUACAGGACAGGUUGGCAGAGACCCAGCCAUCCAUGUCUGGGACACAGAGACAAUGAAGCCGUUAUCUGUACUCCGGGGAGGCCAUCAGAGGGGGAUCUGUGCUGUAGACUUCUCUGGGGAUGGGAAGAAACUUGCUAGUGUAGGACUGGACGACAACCACAGCAUUGUGAUGUGGGACUGGAAGAAGGGUGAAAGGCUGGCCACAACUCGGGGCCACAAGGACAAGAUCUUUGUUUUGAAGUGCAAUCCACAUAACACUGACCACUUAGUUACUGUUGGAAUCAGACACAUCAAAUUCUGGACACAGGCAGGGGGUGGAUUCACCUCCAAGAGAGGCACCUUUGGGAACAUUGGGAAGCUGGACACGAUGAUGUGUGUGGCAUAUGGAAAAACAGAGGAUUCUGUGUUUUCUGGAGGAGCCAAUGGAAUGGUAUACAUGUGGCAAGGAACAAAUCUUUUGAAGACAGUCAAGGCUCAUGAUGGUCCAGUAUUUGCCAUGCAUGCAUUGGACAAGGGCUUUGUUACUGGAGGGAAGGAUGGGGUAGUAGGACUGUGGGAUGACCAGUUUGAGAGAUGUCUGAAAACCUAUGCCAUCAAGAGAGGUGCUCUGGCCCCGGGGUCCCGGGGAGUCCUGUUGGAGGACUGUCCGUCCAUCCGGGCCAUCACGCUGGGGCACGGCCAUAUCCUGGUGGGCACCAAGAAUGGGGAGAUUCUGGAGGUGGACAAGAGCGGACCAAUGAACAUCCUCGUACAGGGUCACAUGGAGAAUGAGGUGUGGGGCCUGGCCUGCCACCCACAUAAGGACCAUUGUGUGACCAUCAGUGAUGACAAGACCCUGCGAGUCUGGGACCUGUCCCCAGAACACCGCAUGUUGAAUGUCAGGAGGUUACGCAAAGGCGGCAGGUGUUGCUGCUACUCCCCCGAUGGCAAGGCCAUAGCAGUAGGUCUUAGUGAUGGGAGUUUCCUAGUAGUCAAUGCUGACACACUAGAAGACAUGGUCACCUUCCAUCAUAGGAAAGAGAACAUUUCUGACAUCAGGUUUUCUCCUGAUCCAGGAAAAUACCUUGCAGUUGCAUCCCAUGACAACUUUGUGGAUAUCUACAAUGUUCUAAGUAGCAAAAGAGUGGGCAUCUGCAAAGGUGCAUCCAGCUAUAUCACACACAUUGACUGGGACAGAAAGGGAAAGUUGUUGCAAGUCAACACAGGUGCAAAAGAGCAGCUAUUCUUUGAGGCACCAAGGGGCAAGAGGCAAACCAUUCGGUCGACAGAUGUGGAGCAGAUUGACUGGUGCUCAUGGACAUGUGUACUGGGCCACACCUGCGAGGGCAUCUGGCCUGUCCACAGUGAUGUUACUGACGUCAACUCAGCAUGUUUGUCCCACGACAAGAGAGUGCUGGCCACAGGAGAUGACUUUGGCUUUGUUAAACUGUUUGAAUAUCCUGCCAAGGGGCAGUAUGCCAAAUUUAAGAAGUACAUAGGACACAGUGCCCAUGUGACUAAUGUGAGAUGGAGCCAUGAUGACAGGAUGCUGGUGUCAGUUGGUGGUGCUGACACAGCAGUGUUGGUGUGGGCUCACAACACACCAGGGUCCAGGCAGAACGGACUGAAGGGAGAGAGUGAAGACUCUGAAACUGACUCUGAGGAGGAAGGAGGCUAUGACAGUGAUGUGCAAAGGGAGAAAGACAUUGAUUACACUACAAAAACCUAUGCUGUUAACAUCAGAGAAACAAGUGGCACCAAACCCCAUCUACAACAGAAACAGCCAACUGGAGAGGAAAGGAAGGGGAUUGUGAAAGGAUCCAGACCUACUGUCAGCAGGGGUGGAGCACCUCCUCCCAGGGUACAGAAACUGGAAAAGGGCGAGACCAACAAAAGAAAAAAAGGCGUUGUAGAGGACUUGGUGCUUACCACUAUCCAUGGGUACAGAGGCUUUGACACCCGAAACAAUCUGCAUUACAUCAACGAUGGGGCAGAUAUUGUGUACCAUGCAGCAGGAGCUGGCAUCAUACACAACUUGGCAACAGGAAAUCAGAGUUUCUACUUGGAGCACACAGAUGACAUCAUCAGCCUCACCAUCAAUCAGCACCCCAAGUUUAAGAGCAUCAUUGCCACCGGCCAGAUUGGCCAGGUCCCCUCAGUCAACAUCUGGGACUCUAACACCAAGGAGACCCUGUCCAUCAUCCGUGGCUUCCACUCAAAGGGGGUGUGCUAUGUCAACUUCAGUGCCACAGGAAAGCUUCUCCUGACUGCUGGUCUAGAUGAUGAACAUUCCAUUGCAGUUUGGAGGUGGCAGGAAGGUACCAAGAUAGCCAGCCAGGGUGGGCACUCAGGAAGGAUAUUUGUGGCAGAAUUCAGGCCAGAUUCGGACAGCCAUUUCGUGACAGUGGGGGUGAAGCAUGUGAAGUUCUGGACGUUAGCUGGAAGUACGCUGAUAGGGAAGAAAGGGGUAAUCGGCCCCAACAUGGCAGGAGAGGCCCGCAUGCAGACUAUGUUGUCUGUGGCAUUUGGAGCAAACAAUCUGACCUUCACCGGAGCAAUGAGUGGAGAUGUUUAUGUCUGGAGAGAAAACAGCUUAGUUAGACUAGUUGCCAAGGCCCACAACGGGCCUGUCUUCACCAUGUACACUACACUACGAGAUGGACUCAUCGUCACUGGUGGGAAAGAAAAACCGAGAGAGUUUGCCAUAGGUGGACCAGUCAAGUUAUGGUCGCAGGACAUGGAGCGUUGUUGUUUGUUUGAACUCAACAGCCACGACCCCCGUAUAGCUGUUGUAGUACGCUCCGUCUGUCGGGGCAAGGGGAAGAUUCUGGUGGGAACAAAGGAGAGUGAGAUUAUGGAGGUUGGGGAGAAGAAUGCGGCAGCUCAUACUGUGGUCCAUGGACACUGUGAGGGGGAACUCUGGGGUCUAGCAGCCCACCCAUCCAAGCAGUUCUUUGCAUCGGCAAGUGACGACUGCACUGUAAGGAUAUGGGACAUAGAUAACAAGAGCAUGCUAAACAAAGUGAACUUGGGCACACCGAGUCGAUCAGUGGCAUACAGCCCUGAUGGAGAGAUGCUGGCUGUUGGGAUGAAGAAUGGAGAGUUCAUCCUGCUGACAGCAGCCAGCCUGAAGAUCUGGGGCAAGAAGAGGGACAGGCGUCUGGCUGUGCAGGACAUCAGAUUCAGCCCUGAUGGAAAGUUCUUGGCAGUUGGUUCUGAUGACAACUGUGUGGAUUUCUAUGACAUGACGCAGGGUCCGUCCCUAACCAGAGUGGGGUAUUGUAAGGGCAUCCCAAGCUUUGUCAUACAGAUGGACUACUCACUGGAUGGCAAAUUCAUACAGGUUGCCACAGGUGACUACCACAGACUGGUGUUUGACGUACCCACAGGGAAUCCAGUAUCUGAUGCCAACACUAUAAACAAGAUCACCUGGUCUUCUUGGACCCUAGUCACCGGGGAUGAAGUGAUUGGCAUCUGGCCGAGAAAUGCAGAGAAGGCUGAUGUGAAUUCCUGCCAUGUGGCUCACUCUGGCCUCUCCAUGGGUACUGGGGACGACUUUGGCAUGGUGAAACUGUUUGAGUUCCCCAGCACAGAAAAAUAUGCCAAACAUAAGAGAUAUGUUGGACACUCAGCCCACGUAACCAACGUACGAUUCACUUCAGAAGACAAGUACCUGAUAAGUGCUGGCGGGGAUGAUUGCUGCCUCUUUGUGUGGAAAUGCCUGUGAUCCAAGCAACAACUACAGUCUAACUGGCUGCGUGCUUCCAGAGAUAUUCCCAUGUUGGAAUACUGAUAGGAUGUCGAGAAGAUCAUGUGACCAGGAAGUCUUUGAUGUGACACUGCCUCUAACAGUGGCUUUACAACACAUACAUGUAGUAAGCUUCCUAGAGAUCCAGAAAAGUGUAGUAUUACAUGUAGUUCUUGGUCCCUUCCUGGGGCUAAGGUAUCCCAGAUGCCAUCAUGGAAUCAGGAAAGGCAGGUUAUUGCAGGAUAUUAGAGGUUCUGAAAUCUCUGCAUUUGGGCAAGUCUUCCCAGGUUUUCCUACUGAAAGUAAAAUGGGAAUAUUUCCAUGUGAAAACUACUUCUGGAUAAGGCUUUUCUCCCAGUGUGUUGUGCUUGUAUGUUGAUGCACGUUGCUUGAGCCAUGGCCAGCCAAUAUUACAAAAUCUGUUUGAUGACUUGUAUUGUAGAAGUGAGCAAGUACUUAAUACGAAGACAUUGCCAUGUUUUUGUUGGCAGCAUAUUCUUACUGAUGUUGAAAACUCAUAGAAAUAACAAUGAUUUGGAAAUCCAGUGUGUACUUUUUUAAAUGAGAUUUUCACUAAUGUUGCAGGAGUUCUAACUGACUUCUCAUGAAUGGAAAUUAAAUACCAAUUUCACUUUAAGCAAUCCUACCAUACUUAAGAUGUUGGCAAAUGAUAGCUCUCGACAGAAGUACAUGUAUCUCCUCAACUGGCCAGCCCUACAAUGAGCUUGCAUUGUUUCCAGAAGCUAAGUGACGGAAGUAACCAAAUCUUUUGUUGGCUAUGUAGUAUUUACUAAAAAUGUAUUCAUACAAGAUGUCUACUCCAGCAAUAUAUGACACAGUUUUCCAAGAUUGUAGACCAAUGUGGACAUCACCACAGAUAUAGAAGGCAGCAUGUGUGCUUGCUAGUAAUUAAAACAUACUUGAAUGGUUGUCAUUGCCUUACGCUGCUGCAUGACAUGCAUUGUGUAGCUGUGGUGUGUUUGUUUGGUGUACAUACAUACAUGUACAUGUAGGUGUUGGCAAUUUAGGGCUAGUAGCUGGAGUGUCUGACAAAGGUUCAACAAAAUGUUAUGUUUAAAGGACACUCUACCUUGCCUCAUUUGGUGCUAGGAUGGAAAAGAUACCACAGACAGGUUGGGAAAGGAAUAAGGAUUGUAUAGAAAUAUUGGACUUGGUAGCCAGGUUUGAAAGGUGUUGGCGAUCUUAGAUAACAUGGGCAUUUUCCAAAGAAGCCAUGUAUGAUGAAACAUAUAAGCCAGCAUGUUGACAUUUGUACAAUACAUAAUGUUAACAUGUAUGCCUUGGAGUGACAGAUUUCUGUACAUGUGCAUGCCCUAGACAGAAGGAUUACAAUGAAUGGUAGAAUUCAACAGUUUCAGAGCCAUGAAGCACCGACAAUAAGAAGUCUUAUGGCUGUUGAUGUGUGAUUUUAUGAAAUUAUAUAGCAGAUAAACAAUGCAGACUGGCCCAAGGGUAAUGAUACAUUGUUUACAUGUAGCAUAUACAUCGUACAUGUACAUGUAUUAGAGGUCAGACAAUAUUUCUGAAAGGAAAGGCAUACAUAUGGCUACUCAGUAUAUCCAUACACAACAUCAGACUUGCACCACAUGGUACAGAGCCUGGUACCUCAUCAGAUUAAUCAACAUCAGCACAGUAAGAUAUGCCAUUUUGAGUACAAGUCUCAAUGCCAGAAGGAACAGAUCCUUGUAGGAGUACUUAGAUUUUAUCUGCCCAAUUAUCAGUCUGUCUGAUACAUGUACCAGUAAGUCCAAGGAACCUGUUAGUGCAAAUGGAUUGGUGCAUUGGUGGUUUGAAUCCAUGUUAACUAUUUAUGUAUGUGUAGUGACAUUUUGUCCAGAGACAAAAAAAUGACCAUUCCAUACCUAUGGAUGACUUUUUUUUAUCAUUCCAUACCUUUUUAUUCUCCUUCCAUGGGGGACAGUUUUGAUAAACCAUGCACACAUUGUACUAGUUCUGUUUACGCUAAAUUAAUACAAGUGGCUAUGGAGCUUAUUCCUGGUCUGAUUUUUUAAUUGUCUUAGAGGUAGUGAUGAAUGUGUAGCAGAGGUUGUAUCAACAAAAACCUCAGCAACUGCAAUCAAAUCAGUUGUACAUUUUUGUGACUGGUGUAUAAUGUGAUUUUUCUGUAUACAAAGAGUCUGAAGUUUUUGUAUGUUUUUCUUUGUUGAUGCAGCUUACCAGAGGUAAUAGGCAUUAGAUGUGUUAUGCUUGAUUACAUGUACAACAGUAGUGCAAAUUAAUAGUCACAACAGCUCAAGGCAUGUAUAAAUUUAUUCGUGAUGACCAAGCCACAGUACAAUACAAUAAAACAAAUUGGUAAUGCU